AUGCCAGAUUUAGAAAAAUUGGUGGAUGAUAUUACAGCCAAGAAAUAAACAGUAAAUCCUAGUUAUAGGUUGUUCUUAACUUCAAUGCCUGCUUCCUAUUUCCCUGUAAGUAUACUUCAAAAUGGAAUUAAAUUAACAACAGAACCACCUAGAGGUUUGAAGGCAAAUCUGAAGAGAUCCCUUUAAGAUAUUUCCAAUGAAUUCUUGGAUUCUGCUGCUAAACCAGAGAUCUAUCAUAAAUUAGUUAUGGGAUUGUGCUAUUUCCAUGCCAUUAUUUAAGAACGAAAGAAAUUCGGGCCUUUGGGAUGGAAUAUCAAAUAUGAAUUUAAUGAUAGUGAUCUUGAUACUUCAAAGACAGUCAUUAAGAUGCUUUUAGGUGAAAAUGACACUGUACCUUGGGAUGCCAUGUUGUAUGUCAGUGGUAAUAUCAACUAUGGAGGUAGAGUAACUGAUGAUUGGGAUAGAAGAUGUUUGAUGACCAUUUUGAGGAAAUUCAUAUGUAAUGAAGUCUUGGAUGAUCACUAUGUCUUUUGCGAAAAUAAUACAUACAGAAUACCUGAGAAAAACGUAAUUGAAGAGUAUAUUAAAUAUGUUGAAUCUUUACCCAUGACUGAUGAUCCUGCAGUUUUUGGUAUGCAUGAAAAUGCCAAUAUUACAUUCUAAUAAAGAGAAAGUGACUCAAUACUAGAAACUAUCUUGUCUAUAUAGCCAAGAGAAGGCGGAGGAUCAUCAGAAAAAACACCUGAUUAAAUAGUAUUAGAACUUGUCAAGAGUAUUUAAGAUGAUCUCCCUCCUCUCUUAAACAAAGAAGAAUCUAAUAAAGAAUUAUGGCAAAUUAAUCCAGAGAAAAAUCUUAUUCCAUCCUUGUCUACAGUUCUAUUGUAAGAAUUAGAACGUUUUAACAUUUUACUCUCAACUAUGGGUAGAACAUUGUAAGGAUUGGCUUAAGCUAUUGAAGGUAUCAAGUGGUAAUGA